AAACUUCCUGUUAUGAAACGAUGGUAGAAUGUAUGAAAUUCUUAUCAAACAUCUGUCAAGUUACCACCCGAUAUGACAAAUGGCAGAGGAAAUACUGUUCCAACAUAAUGCUGCUCACUUCUCUUCUUCUUCUGGUAUUUAUCACUGGCGCUGCAGUGGCCUAUCUAGUGCUAUCGUCAUGGUCAUACCCAUAUGGUCUACUUUCACUUUUCUCUACCAAACAGAUCGGGACAACUUCACAGGAGACGCAUGACACUUCGCUCGUUUUUCGAGUUAGACAACAACAAAUGCCAACAAAAGACAUUCAAAAGGAAGCCGUAUCAGCCAUGAACCUAGCUUUAGAUAUGGAGGCACAAGGGAAAUAUGAGAAAGCAAGAAAACUUUACCACCAUGCUCUUAAACUGGAUCCCAAUCAUGUAGAAAUCCUCACUGCUUUUGGUGAAUAUCUAGAAAAGUUUGAACAUGAUCUGCUUCGUGCUAAUCAUAUGUAUAGUAAAGCACUGGCUUUGAGCCCAGAAUACACUAAAGCCCUAAACAACAGGCAGCGAAUCUUACCUAUAGUAGAAGAAAUUGAUCAAAGACGAUUCAAUAUGAUAGAUAAAAAACUCAAUCUAUUUGUGAAAAUUCCUCAGAAUAACCCAGGUUUAAGGAGAGCCAAAAAGGAAUCCUAUUUCUCUCACAUUUAUCACACAAAUGCAAUUGAGGGAAACACACUGACUCUAAUGCAAACAAGGGCAAUUGUCGAAACAAGAAUAGCAGUAGGGGGGAAGAGUUUAGCUGAACAAAAUGAGGUGUUAGGACUUGAUGCAGCUUUAAGUUAUAUAAACAAUACAUUGCUUGGCCGUGUUGGAUCCAUUACCCUCAAAGACUUACUAAACAUUCACAAGAGGGUUCUGGGAUAUGUUGAUCCCACGGAAGCAGGGGUUCUGCGAGAUACUCAAGUGUACGUAGGAGAAUUUAAGCCACCAGAGGCUGCUGAACUUCCAAGCCUAAUGACUGAUUUUGUGGAGUGGUUAAAUAACGAAGACACUCUUAAGUUACAUCCUGUGGAAUAUGCAGCUUUAGCACAUUAUAAGUUAGUUAUUAUCCAUCCUUUUUAUGAUGGAAAUGGAAGGACUUCUAGGUUGUUGAUGAAUCUCAUUCUCAUGCAAGCGGGUUUUCCACCAGUGACAAUUAAGGUGGAGGAUCGCCUCCAGUAUUAUGAGACUCUAGAGAUGGCCAAUGCUGGAGAUGUGCGGCCAUUUAUAAGAUUUAUUGCCGACUGUACGGAGGAGGCUCUCGACCACUUUCUUUUGUCAGCUUCAGGGUCCAGUGCUCUGUUCAAACAAUUAAACGGUACACAAAAAAAUGUCAUCUCCUCCAAAGAUGAGUUAUGACAAGUCAUAAACUUUUAGUUUUAUUUUAUUAUUUUUGUUUAUUUAUUAAUAUUUGUUGAUGUUGUGCAAUUAUUUAUUAUAAAUGUUAUAUGUUUUGCAAAAAAACUACCCCUCAAUUAAAUGUCUCUUAUGUGUAACAUUCCUUGUCUGUUGCUGAAGAUGAGGUAAACAUAAAUAACACAAUUUUUUUUCUUCCAAAAUUCAAUUUGCUUAAAUACACCAUGUAAAGGGGCACAUCCUAAUGCAUUCUUACAGCCUGUGCGCAUGUUGUUUGGUCCCUAAGAAGUUAUUUAACAAAGAAUUUUAACAAAUAUACUUGUUUCAUGUGAAAAACCUCCACUUCGAUGCAGAGUUUUUGAAAAGAAAAACAAUUUACUGGUCAAGUGGACCAGUGAUUUAGUGAAAUUCACUGGUCCACACAAAUAUCCACUGGUCCAUCAGCAUACAUGUUUAUUUGAGAUUUAAAAUUUAAAAAUAAACAUUCAAAAACUGAAAAAUUGUUUUCAUUCCAGUUAUACAUAUAAUAAUUCCGACUACAUGUCUCUUUCAUCUUUGAUUUCUCUCACUAUUUCUGAUUUUAGGUUGUUUUUUUUUUACCGAAUAUGAAACGUUUUGCGAAAAACUUAUUGUCCUAAAAGUGCUUGAAUUUAUUCUAUCAUACAUGCACCCAGAUUCAACAUGUUCAAGCGUAUUGAUGUUCUCACAAAUACGGUCACUCGGACUGAUUACAUGAAGAAAAUUACCGGACUUUUAAAAUAUUUACCAGUUUUGCCAGUGGGACCGGUGGAUUUCAAAAACUCUGCUUCGAUGUUGAAACCCCCUAUGAUACAUAACCGAAACCCCACAUGUGCCCCUUUACAUGGUGAAAUAGGUGCCUCUCUCACUAAAGAAGAAAUACCUGUUUAUUUAACCAAGUUUAUGGAUGAUCAAGCCACAUAUAAUUUGGUGAAAAGAUAGGAAAAUGUAAUUUUACAGUUCUAAUUUUGGAAAAGUUUUAAAAUGACAUGAAACUUUGCUACUAUAAGGUUUCAGGGAAUAUUUUCAUGAGUCAAUUGUUUUUAAUUUUACACAGUUAAAAUUUCCUAAUUAGCUUUCAACUGAAAGAAAUAUUGAAAAAAAAAAUGCUAUGUAAAUCUGCUGUGUGGGAGAUAAGAAAAUUUAUUUGUGAUAUGUAUCUUUAAACUGCAUUUUUUAGAUUAAAAGAGCAAAAUGAACACCUAUAAUUUUUGGUACUUAAAUGUACCAGGUACAUAACAUUAGAAUGUAAUUAAUUGUAUCCUUGUAUUUUUUUUCUUGUAUAAAAAGUACCCUUUAUACAAAGCCUACAGAAAUCCACUUUUAACUUUACACACUGAGUUAUUUACCCCUGCAUAAUGUUUUAAAAUCCUUUCUUGUAUAAAUUAAACAUGUAUGUCCUAAAGAAUCUCUUGUGAAAGAAAUAUUUUUGAAAAGAUACAUGCAUGUGGUGGUGCCAACUUAUGAAACAAAACUGAUGAUAUUUAUGAUGUUACAAUGUAUGUGAUACUGCUUAAAUACACAGUUUAGAAAACUUCCAAA